GGAUAUAUAAAACGUUCAAACAUUCAUUACAGGUUGGGAAAUCCAAUAAUUUUCAAACCACUCCCUUCCAAGAAAUCAGUUAAUUUGCAAAAAGUAUACUUUGGUUUUAUAGACAUUACUUUAUUCCAAGAGUUCUCCUCUUUUGUGAAUAUAUAAGAACACAUCUUUCAAUAAACCUAAUAAGCAUUGGGACACGGAUAGGAGCAAUACUGUGUUGAACCAUUUAUGAUUUACUUAUUUUCGAGGAAACAUUACAAAACCAUGGCACAAACUGUCAGCCUAGUAUUACCUCCAACCGACGAGACAUCAGCGGUCAAUUGCAACUUAUGUGAGAAUACAGGAGAGUUGUUCUGUACAGAAUGUCCGUCUGCGUUAGGCAAACCAUGCCGAGAUGAACCCGAUGGAUUGUUGUCUUUGUUAACCAAUCAAGAAGAGUCGAAUGAGAAGGAAAGGGGAAUAGAGAAUUUAACUGAAGAAAAUGAUGCUCUUAAACAGCGCAUACGUGAAUUGGAAACUAUGUUAACGAAUCAAGAAGAAGCGGUAGAGAAACAGAGAAGAAUAGAUAAAUUAACCGAAGAAUAUGAUGCUCUUCAACAACACUUGAGCGAACUGAACACUAUUUACAGAACAAAGGAUAAUGCGCACGAAUCAGAACUGAAAGCACAAAAGGAAGACCAGGAACAAAAAAUACGUGGGCUUGAAGAAAAAGUAUACGAACUCGAAAACAGGUUAACGAAUCAAGAAGAAGCGGUAGAGAAACAGAGAAGAAUAGAUAAAUUAACCGAAGAAUAUGAUGCUCUUCAACAACACUUGAGCGAACUGAACACUAUUUACAGAACAAAGGAUAAUGCACAUGAAUCAGAACUGAAAACACAAAAGAAAGACCUGGAACAGAAAAUACAACGGCUUGAAGAAAAAGUAAAUGAACUCGAAAACAGGCUUUUAGGUACAACAGAAAAGCAUCAACAAGUAGUGCGUAGACUGACCAAAGAACUUGACAACACUCGUUACAGAACAAAGGAUAAUGCGCACGAAUCAGAACUGAAAGCACAAAAGGAAGACCAGGAACAAAAAAUACGUGGGCUUGAAGAAAAAGUAUACGAACUCGAAAACAGGUUAACGAAUCAAGAAGAAGCGGUAGAGAAACAGAGAAGAAUAGAUAAAUUAACCGAAGAAUAUGAUGCUCUUCAACAACACUUGAGCGAACUGAACACUAUUUACAGAACAAAGGAUAAUGCGCACGAAUCAGAACUGAAAGCACAAAAGGAAGACCAGGAACAAAAAAUACAUGGGCUUGAAGAAAAAGUAUACGAACUCGAAAACAGGUUAACGAAUCAAGAAGAAGCGGUAGAGAAACAGAGAAGAAUAGAUAAAUUAACCGAAGAAUAUGAUGCUCUUCAACAACACUUGAGCGAACUGAACACUAUUUACAGAACAAAGGAUAAUGCGCACGAAUCAGAACUGAAAGCACAAAAGGAAGACCAGGAACAAAAAAUACGUGGGCUUGAAGAAAAAGUAUACGAACUCGAAAACAGGUUAACGAAUCAAGAAGAAGCGGUAGAGAAACAGAGAAAAAUAGAUAAAUUAACUGAGGAAUAUGAUGCUCUUCAACAACACUUGAGCGAACUGAACACUAUUUACAGAACAAAGGAUAAUGCACAUGAAUCAGAACUGAAAACACAAAAGAAAGACCUGGAACAGAAAAUACAACGGCUUGAAGAAAAAGUAAAUGAACUCGAAAACAGGCUUUUAGGUACAACAGAAAAGCAUCAACAAGUAGUGCGUAGACUGACCAAAGAACUUGACAACACUCGUUACAGAACAAAGGAUAAUGCGCACGAAUCAGAACUGAAAGCACAAAAGGAAGACCAGGAACAAAAAAUACGUGGGCUUGAAGAAAAAGUAUACGAACUCGAAAACAGGUUAACGAAUCAAGAAGAAGCGGUAGAGAAACAGAGAAGAAUAGAUAAAUUAACCGAAGAAUAUGAUGCUCUUCAACAACACUUGAGCGAACUGAACACUAUUUACAGAACAAAGGAUAAUGCGCACGAAUCAGAACUGAAAGCACAAAAGGAAGACCAGGAACAAAAAAUACAUGGGCUUGAAGAAAAAGUAUACGAACUCGAAAACAGGUUAACGAAUCAAGAAGAAGCGGUAGAGAAACAGAGAAAAAUAGAUAAAUUAACUGAGGAAUAUGAUGCUCUUCAACAACACUUGAGCGAACUGAACACUAUUUACAGAACAAAGGAUAAUGCACAUGAAUCAGAACUGAAAACACAAAAGAAAGACCUGGAACAGAAAAUACAACGGCUUGAAGAAAAAGUAAAUGAACUCGAAAACAGGCUUUUAGGUACAACAGAAAAGCAUCAACAAGUAGUGCGUAGACUGACCCAAGAACUUGACAACACUCGAGUUGUUUCCUGUAAGAAACGUGAUUUUAAACUGGACUUGCAAAACCAUCGCAUUUCCAUAGUUGAACAAUCGCUAGAGAACAAAAUAAGAGAGAUUGACGAUAAUCAGCAAAAAAUGAAAAAAGUCGACAUGAUGAAAGAAACGUUAGAGAGGAAGACAAAAAAUUAUGAGAACAAAAUUCUAACAGCCAACAAGAAGAUAGAAACGUAUGAGAAGGAGAUUGAAGGUUAUCGGAAGCCGAUUGAAUGCAGCUACUUAUGCACGUCUUGCUCCAGCUAUAUUGAAAAAAGAAGCUUUCCACAAGGACAAGCACCUCUUCCGUAA